AAUCCAUUAUAUCAAUCUUAUUCUUUCUUGCCCUAUCGUAAAGAAACAGGUUCUUCGCUCGCGCCACCGCCGCCGCCGCCGCCGCCGCCGCCGCUCCUCCCUCUCUGCCACCCCAAUGACCCGGCGAUUGAGAGCAUUCAAGCGAUGGAUGAGGUCCCAGGGGAUCGACUGGAGCGACGCCUUGGAGCUCGCCGACUCCGCCGUCGAGGGCGUCUCGGUUCGGGCCCUCUGCGACCUGAGGGAGGGGGACCUCGUGUCCACCAUACCCAAGCUUGCUUGCCUCACCAUCCGUACCUCCAGGUCGCGCGACAUGAUCGAGGGCGCCGGCCUCGUGGGCUUCCUCGGACUCACCGUGGCACUCAUGUACGAGAGGAGCCUGGGGCCCGAGUCUCCGUGGGACGGAUACCUCCAGCUGCUGCCGGAGAGGGAGUGCGUGCCUCUCGUAUGGAGCUUGGAGGAGGUCGAUUCCCUUCUCGUCGGGACGGAGCUCCACAAGAUAGUAAAGCAAGACAAGUGUUUUUUAUAUGAGGACUGGAAAGAAUCUAUUGAGCCCCUUAUUCUAUCGGGACCUUUAAAGCUUGACCUGGAUAGUUUUGGUGUUGAGCAAUAUUUUUCUGCAAAGAGUCUUGUCUCAUCAAGAUCCUUUGAGAUAGAUGGUUAUCAUGGCUUUGGAAUGGUGCCUUUAGCUGAUCUCUUCAAUCACAAGACUGGAGCUGAGAAUGUUCACUUUACAUGCAUAUCGGCUCCCUCUGGCUCAGAUGAUGAAAGCAAUGGGGGAACUUGUGAUGCAUCUGCUGAUGAUAAGUCAUCGGAUGUGGAUUUAAGUACUAGAUCUUCAGGGGAGGAUCCUACAGUCCUAGAAAUUAUUAUUGUGAGAGAUGUUGAGGCAGGGUCAGAGGUUUUCAAUACUUAUGGCUCUAUGGGUAAUGCUGCACUUCUUCACAGAUAUGGUUUUACAGAACCUGACAAUCCAUACGACAUCGUUAACAUUGAUCUAGGCUUGGUCAUUAAAUGGUGUGCCGCCUGCUUCUCCAAUCGCUAUGCUAGAUCAAGGCUAUCUUUGUGGAGGCAACUAAAGUAUUCAGGUUGCACCAGCCAGAACUCUGAAUACUUUGAAAUUUCAUUUAAUGGGGAACCGCAGCUAGAGCUUCUAGUUCUUCUCUACAUCAUUUUCUUAGCAGAGGAUGCUUAUGAGAAACUGAGAUAUUUAAUAGAUUCUUUUGAGGGUGCUGAUGAAUCUUCAAACAUCACUAAUUUGAUUAAGAUCACGAAAAGCAAAUGCAGUAAAACACCUGGGAACAAUCUGUGUCAUGAAGCACCAGAGGAUGUUAAGGAGUUAAUGCUGACAGAGAAUGUUUGCUCUGCACUUGUCUCGCUAGCUGAUUUGAGAGAGAGCCUCUACGGUUCAAAUUCCUUGGAGGAUGAUAAAAACAGGUUGAGGAGUUGCUGUCAUACAAAGGAGAGGAAGUUGUAUCACUCGCUGGUGUUGCGGGUGAGCGAGAGGACAAUACUUGUAAGGUUAAGAGCAUAUGCUUCCAGAUAUUCUAAAAGGAAGAAAAGAAAAUUGAAAGAGCCAAAAAGCUAGGUAAUAUAGGAAAAAAAGCUCAAGCCGUUCUCUGAUGUCUUGAUCAUUCUUUUGGACGAUGAUGUUUAUUUGGCCUCCUGCAAGGCUGAAGAAGACAUGCACAUAGCUGUUUGUCGACUUCAUGCUUUGGCAAGCAGGUGUGCUCUUCAGUUUUUAUUCUUUUUAUGUGGAAGAGGUAGCAAAUCUGCAACUCAAAAAAAAAUUUUAUUGGAGCUACUUGCCUUGAUAUUAUUAUAAUUUUUUCAGUGGAUGAUUACAUGGUAUGCUCUCAAGGAAAAGGACAUGUUGCUGUCCUGGACAUAGGAAGUUGAAACUAAUUAUGGCUAGUUAAUGGUGAAAGUCAUAUAGCAUCUUAAAAGGAUAUAUUGCACAGCUCAUGGGAGAAGCUUUGAAGAACUUUAUUUCUAAAAUUCCUUAUCAAGAGAAUAUCAGCUGCUCUAAUUUCAUUUCCUGAGAAUAUCAAAAAUUUUGGGAUGCCAAAUCAUGCACGGUGCUGGAAAUUGAAGCAGGAGCAGCCAAUGGAGAAGUUCUGGUGAACUUCAAUACAAGCUGCUUUGAUUUCCUUUCCUGAGAACAUCAGUAGUUUUUGUUGCUUAUUGUUGAGGCCAAGUCACAUUAACAGAGCAAGAAACGAGUUAUGGAACUGCUAUUGUUAAGGCCAUGCGCCUGCCAAAACCAAGGUAAUAUUGUAGUUGAGCUCCACUUGGUCAUGCGAGCAGCAAAUUUAAGCUCAA